AUGGCUCUAGUUUAUUACUUCACCAUCUGCUUGGUAGUAUUACUUCCAACUGUCUUAGCCCAAAGUCAGAAAGAUGAUGGUAACCAUCAUAAGUAUUUGAGUUCAAAAACUGAAAUUUUUCUCAUGGUGCUUUUAAUCGGGGCAUUUUUCUUAAUUUCUAUUAUUAAAUGUAUACAUAUAUUAUAUCACGAUAACUUUCACGGUGAUGAAGAAAAUCCAUCUGUGCAAUUAUCUGUGCAAAAUGCAUCUGAAGAUAAUGCACCAGCCGUGAAUUUACCUGUACAAAAUGCAUCUGAAGAUAAUGCACCAGCCGUGAAUUUACCUGCACAAAAUGCACCUGGAGAAAUUGUACCCGUGCUUACUAUAGAUGCAUUUCCCGAAGACAAGUAUCCGUAUGGAGAUGAUACAAUAUUUGAAGGAGAAGAAUGUCCAAUAUGCUUAGAAGAAUACGAAGAGGGAGCGACCGUAAGAAAAUUUCCUUGCGGUCAUGUAUUUCACCCUGAGUGUAUGCAAAAUAUAUUAAACAGUAGACUUAAGAAGUGUCCUAAUUGUAGAUUUAUUAUAAUUUGGUUCUUCCACGCCAAAGCUACCGCUCGAAGACGGCACAAUUCUAUUCAGAAGCUGAAGGAUGAUACGGGAAAAUGGGUUGGUUGGGAGGAUGAUCUUCCUAAUGUGGUAACUUCCUAUUUUUCUCAUCUUUUUGGUGCUGAAAAUGUGGUUUAUGGGGCUGUUACUGCUUGUGUUCAGCCGCGUAUAACUGAUGUACAAAAUGCCCAGCUCACAAGUGACGUUACAACUGAAGAGAUCAAAAAAGCUUUGUUCCAAAUGCACCCCGAAAAGUCUCCUGGACCAGACGGAAUGACCCCGGGGUUUUAUCAAAAGUUCUGGCAUAUUGUUGGCGAUGAUAUUGUGGCCAUGGUACGAUCUUUUUUCUCUAAUGGAGUUAUUUCUAGUGAUUUAAAUAAGACAAAUAUUGUUUUAAUCCCUAAGAAAAAACUUCCUGAACAUAUGAGUGAUCUUAGGCCAAUCUCAUUGUGUAAUGUUCUGUAUAAGAUCAUUUCUAAAGUUCUAGCCAAUAGAUUGAAAGAAGCCUUACCUAAUGUUAUUUCCAACACACAAAGUGCUUUCUUGCCGGGGCGGUUGAUAUCAGAUAAUAUUAUGGUGUCAUUUGAAAUCAUGCAUUACUUGAAGAGGAAAAGAAUGGGCAAAGAAGGGUUUAUGGCUCUUAAAUUGGACAUGAGUAAGGCGUAUGACAGAGUUGGGUGGAACUUCUUAGAAGCCAUGUUACUUCGUAUGGGGUUUGGUUCUCAUUUUGUUGCUCUGAUUAUGUCUUGUGUCUCAACAGUGUCUUACAAUGUCACAUAUGGGGGGCGAGUUAUGGGUCCUAUAUAUCCAGGCAGAGGUAUUCGACAAGGUGAUCCACUUUCACCGUAUCUUUUUCUGGUGUGUGCUGAGGGUCUGUCUGCUCUGCUGAAACAUUAUGAACAGCAACGUUGGCUAACUGGAUGUCAAGUUGCUAGGGGAGCGCCUCGUGUGUCACAUAUGCUUUUUGCUGAUGAUAGCUAUGUGUAUUGCAAGGCUAACGAUGAGGAGUCUGAAAGAGUGUUGCAGUUGUUCAAUGUGUAUCAAAGAGCCUCGGGUCAGCAAAUUAAUCGAGCCAAGUCAUCCAUCUUCUUCAGUAAGAAUAUUAAUGAAGGAACUCGGGCUAGAUUGUGUAGUAUUCUGGGUAUGAAUGCAGCUAUGGAGAAUAGCAUGUACUUGGGCUUACCUUGUACAAUGGGUCGGAAUAAGAAUGCUAUACUUGGAUUUCUUAAGGAUAAAAUGCAGAAGAAAAUUUUCUCUUGGGAGACAAGAUUUUUGUCUAAAGCGGGAAAAGAAGUGCUUUUGAAAUCAGUUGCUCAAGCCUUGCCUUGUUAUGCUAUGAGUGUAUUCUUACUCACUCAGGAAAUUUGCUCUAAUCUUGAAGGUAUGAUGUCUAAAUUCUGGUGGAAAUCUCAGUCUAAUUCUUCUAGUAAGGGAGUGAGUUGGAUGAGUUGGAAGAAGCUUUGUCGUCACAAGAAUGAGGGUGGUAUUGGCUUUCGAGACCUUCGUAACUACAAUCUUUCUUUUCUUGGAAAGCAAGGUUGGAGAUUAUUAACCAAUGAGAAUUCUUUGGUUAGUAGGAUUUACAAAGCAAGAUACUAUCCUAAUGGUUCUUAUCUCACGGCUGAGAUUGGUUCGAAUCCUAGCUUUAUCUGGAGAAGCAUUUUAGAAGCCAAAGAUUUGGUUUCGGCUGGUGCAAGAAGAUCAAUUGGAGGGGGGACUUCUGUCAGCAUUCUUCGUGAUCCAUGGUUGCCUCACACUUUGAAUCCUUUUGUUCUUUCUAGUCACCCUGCUCUGGUAGGAAAAAUGGUGUGCAACUUGUUUUUGGUUGGACAGAGAUGUUGGGAUUUAGAGGUGCUAGAAGACCUGUUUGAAGAGAGGGACAAAGAUUUAAUUGUUUCUAUACAACUUAGUGAGUCAGUGGACGAAGAUGGCUGGGUCUGGAACAAGUCAUCUUCGGGUUUUUAUACAAUCAAGAGUGCCUACUCUUAUCUGCAGCAGAACACAGCCACGGUAGACUUGGUUCAGAACUCAGAUGGGUUCAAAAAACUCUGGCAGCUUGAUAUUCCUCAGAAGGUUCAACACUUUUUAUGGCGUGCAACAUCGGGAUGUCUCCCAACUAAAGUACAGCUGAAUACAAAGCAUGUGAAUAUCGAAAUGGUGUGUCCCUUCUGCAAUUUCUCUGCUGAAACGAUAUGUCACAUUCUCUUGGGCUGUAGCUUUAGUCGUUCAUGCUGGUCUCUCUCGGCAGUGCACGUUACUGGUGCACACGGUGAAGAUUUCAGCGACUGGUUUUUUGCUUUAAUGGCCUCUAAUCCUCCUGAAGUGGUUCGGGAAGCAGCUAUGAUUAGCUGGAAAAUAUGGGCGGUCCGUAAUGAUCUUGUGUGGAAUGACAAGACUUGUUCAGCGUAUGAAGUGGUUCGAUCGGCUAGAGUCGUCCUUGACCAAUGGUUAAGUGCUCAAUCACAAAAACAUGGGGCAUUAUUAAUAGAUGAUAUUAAUAAUGUUACUGAGCACUGGAAGAAACCAAUGUUAAAUAAGGUUAAGGUCAAUGUUGAUGGUGCCAUUUUUCAAGCGGAGAACAAGUUCGGUUUUGGAUGUAUAGCAAGAGAUCACAAUGGACAGCUUAUUGAAGCUAUCUCAGGGAGCCGAGUUGGAUUGGUUCAGCCUGAAGUUGCUGAAGUAUUUGGGGUCAAAGAAGCCUUAAGUUGGAUAAAAAGAAAGAAGUGGGCAAGUGUGGUGAUCGAGACCGAUGCGUUACUGGUGGUUCAGGCAAUUCAAAGUUCUAUUUGCAUGCCAUCACAGUUUGGUCUAAUUGUUCGAGAUUGUCGAGAGCUUCUUUCUAAUUUAAAUGACGUUUCUUUAAGUUUUGUAAAACGAUCUGCAAACGAGGCUGCUCAUUGCAUAGCAAGAGGGUCUAGUUUAAAGUCAGAUUGUAUUUUCAGUGGGAUUACCGCUCCUUUUCAAUUAAUGUCUAUUGUAACUACUGAAAGUUAUUGA